CGCAAAUGCAGUUACGGCUCGCAUUCUGGAGUAUAAGAUAACGCAUUUUAAUAUAACAACAGAUAGAUACUAUGUACAUCCAGCAGAAACAAACAACCCAAGCGCCGUUGUCGAGCUUGGCUCAUUUCAUCCAGAACAACCAGACCCGACCGUCAUGUAUUCCGCGAGACAGACAGAACGAGGGCUCAUCUGACGACCCACGAGGAAUCAAGAUAUCCACAUCACGUAGAAUGCCACCAUGCCGAUAGAACAGGCUCAGGCAGAUAACCCCCUUUUUCUUCAUGUCCAAUGCAUCAAUUCGCACCGCGGGGUAUAUCCGUCAUGUCCCUUAUCGGGCUGGCCAAUUUGAGUGACAUCCAUUUCAUUCCCUCCGAUAAAUUCGGCGGAGUCGCUUAGUGGUGGCCCUCGCCGUGGUGGUCGUCGUGCUUCAGAAAGAAGUGCUCGUACGUGCAGUAGCCGGCGAACGCAACGGUCGCGAUGCCCAGACCCGGGAAGAUUCGCUUGAAGCGGUUGAAUCGGCUGAAGGGACCGGUGUAGCGCCAGGUCUCACUGGAAGAUGUCAGUACUGGACUCGAG